ACCAAAAUGGUUGAUAUUGUCAACAAUAUUUAUUUGUAAUAUUUAUUUUAUUUAAAAAGUAUCAAAUAAUGCAUCCCAUACUUUUAAUAGCAUACACAUUUGUGACCCUUUCUGUUUUAAUGUAUGUUGUAAUUCUAGUAUUGAAUGUUAGAAGACGAUUUUCGCCAAAUUUGAAUAAAAAACGUAUUUUGUUUGUGACCGCACAUCCUGAUGAUGAGUGUAUGUUUUUUGGACCUGCAAUUGUAGACAUGAGUCAAGACUGCGAAAUAUAUUUACUGUGCUUUUCAUCUGGAAAUUUCUACAAGCAAGGGGAAGUGAGAAAGCUGGAACUGCUUGCAUGUUGUAAAAUUCUCGGAAUACCACCUGAUAAUGUAGAGCUCUUAGAUAUCAGUUCUUUACCAGAUAAUCCUGAUGUAGAUUGGAAUGUAAAGAUACUUUGCCAGAAUAUUGAACACUUUUCAAAACAUGUUGAUGCAAAUGCAAUUUUUACCUUUGACAAAGAUGGAGUAAGCAAUCACAGAAAUCAUAAAGCCUUAUACAAUGCCAUCAGAAACCUUUCUUCUAGGCCGGCCAGACCAGGUUUCCUUGGAUACUAUGUACUUGAGACCGUUAGUAUAUGGAGGAAAUAUAUAUCACUGAUGGAUUUACCAUACAGCAUCUUGAGUGGGAAAAACUAUUUUAUAUCUACACCAAAUAGCAUUAUCAAAGCUCAAAAAGCUAUGUAUGCACACUGGAGUCAGUUUGUGUGGUUUCGAGUUCUCUAUAUUCUAUUCUCCAGAUACAUGAUAAUCAACACAUUUCAGGAAAUAAAACAAACGUGAUGUUUUCUUAUUA